AUGAGGGAGGCGAAGCUUGAGCCAACUGUCAUCUUCAGCUACAGCGCUGGGAUCAGCGCGUGCGAGAAGGGCGACCAGUGGCAGCGUGCUUUGGCGCUGCUCAGCGAGAUGCGGGAGGCGAAGCUCGAGCCCAAUACCAUAUCUUCCUACCAUCUACAAUGCUGGGGUCAGCGCGUGCGAGAAAGGCUUACAGUGGCAGAGGGCUCUGGCAUUGCUCAGCGAGAUGCGGGAGGCGAGGAUGGAGCUCACCGUCAUCAGCUACAGCGCUGGGGUCAGCGCUUGCGAAAAGAGCGGGCGGUGGCAGUGGGCUUUGGCGCUGCUGAGCGAGAUGCGGGAGACGACGACGGAGCCCAACAUCUAAGCUACACCGAUGUGAUCCGCGCGUGCCAGAAAGGCGAGCAGUGGCAGAAGGUUCUGUCUUUGCUCAGGGAGUUGUAG